AUGAAAUUCUCCGAUUUUAGUGUUCUCGGAUUAGGUGCUCUUGCCUUAAAUGCCGUUACCGUCAGUGCUAACACUGCUGACACCGCUUUGUUGAGAACUUACUCUACUAUCUCUCCAAGUUUGAGUGAAAUUGAAUCCGCCGCUUCUGCUACUGAGGUUGCUGAGGUGGUUUCAGAUGUCGAAGGUGCCGCUUUCAAGAGAUUCUUCAUUAUCUUCUUGGAAAACACCGAUUACGACAAGGCUGCUGGUGAUGAAUCCCUUUCAUGGCUGGCUGAACAAGGUAUUACCUUGACCAACUACUGGGCUUUGACUCACCCUUCAGAACCAAACUAUUUGGCUUCUGUCGGUGGUGAUUACUUCGCCUUGGAUGAUGACAGAUUUAUUUCUAUGCCAUCCAAUGUGUCUAACAUCGUUGAUUUGUUGGACACUAAGGGUAUCUCUUGGGCUGAAUACCAAGAACACUCUCCAUAUGCUGGUUUCCAAGGUAUGAACUUCUCUAACCAAGAGACAUACGCCAGUGAUUAUGUCAGAAAACAUAACCCAUUGAUUUUGUUCGAUAACGUUGUCAACAACGAUACUCGUUUGGCUAACAUUAAGAACUUUGAAGAUUUCAACAAUGACGUAGAAAACGAAAAGUUACCUCAAUACGCUUUCAUUACUCCAAAUAUGACUAACGAUGGUCAUGACACCACUAUCCAAUUUGCUGGUAAAUGGUCAAAGGACUUCUUGGCUCCAUUAUUAGAAAACGAUUACUUCAUGGAGGACACUUUGGUCUUGUUGACCUUCGAUGAAAAUGAAACCUAUGGUAUCAAGAACAAGGUCUUCUCCAUCUUGUUGGGUGGCGUUAUCCCAGAUGAAUUGAAGGGUACCAAGGAUGAUACUUUCUAUGACCAUUACUCUCAAUUGGCUAGUGUUGAAGCCAACUGGGAUUUGCCUCAUUUAGGUAGACACGAUGGUGACGCCAAUGUUUUGGAAAUUGUUGCUAACGCUACCAACAUCACCAACGUUGAAGUUGACACCACUUACAUGAUCAACGAAACCUAUAUUGGUUACUUGAACGAUUACAACAUUGAAUUGCCAGCUCCAAAUGUUACUGCUAUUAACAGAAACGGUCAACCAAUCUUGGACUCCAUCAAGGAAACUUGGGAAGAUGAAUAUUCUAAGCAAGUCUCUGAAUCCUACUAUACUUCCACCACUACUACCGUUUCUGCAGAUGUUACUGAUGCUGAAACCUUCUCCAAUUUCUACCGCUACCGACAGUGCUGA